AUGUCCAAGUCACGGUUGCUCUCAACGCUGCGUUGUCUGCAGCACGAGAAUCCCCUCGGCCUUCCGCGCUCCGGCGCACCGCCGCAGCUACCACGCAUGCAGCGAGGGCUGCCGCAGAGACGAAGCAUCAAAGACGUAAAGAAGGUGAUUGCGGUAUCUUCGGCAAAGGGCGGUGUGGGCAAGAGCACUAUUGCUGUCAACCUUGCCCUCAGCUUCGUGCGCCGCGGCUACAGAGCGGGCAUCCUCGACACCGACAUCUUCGGGCCCUCGAUCCCCACUCUCCUGAACCUGUCCGGCGAACCGCGCUUAUCAGCAAACAACCAGUUGAUACCGCUAUCGAACUAUGGUCUGAAGUCCAUGUCCAUGGGAUAUCUCAUCCCAGAGUCCUCGCCAGUAGCAUGGCGAGGCCUCAUGGUCAUGAAGGCCCUACAACAGCUACUUCACGAAGUAGAGUGGGGUGGAUUAGACGUGUUGGUGCUCGACAUGCCGCCAGGCACCGGCGAUGUCCAGCUUACCAUCACCCAGCAGCUCAACCUGAAUGGCGCAUUGAUUGUGUCAACGCCACAGGAUCUGUCGCUCAAGGACGCCGUGAAGGGCGUGGAGCUGUUCAAGAAAGUCAACGUGGAUUUGCUCGGGCUGGUGUGCAACAUGGCUGGCUUCAAAUGUCCGGGCUGCGGCUCAGUCCAUGAAGUGUUCGGAAACAUGAGCAAAAUCAGGGACAUGUGCGGAAAAUACGAUCUGAAGAUGCUUGGUGAGGUUCCUCUUCAUACCAGCAUUAGCGACGAUGCCGAUAAGGGAAAACCCACUGUUAUCGCCGACCCUGACGGCGACAAAGCAGCAGUGUUCUUGGACAUCGCUCGCCAAGUAGAGUCCUUGAUUGGUGUCAACAGGUGA